GGCCCAGAUGGAACUCAAGUGUAGGCCCGUUCCCUUCCAAAAUCUCUCUCCUCGCGCGCUCAUAUUUUCCAAUCCGAUGCCCUUCCGGGAAAUUUGAAAUUCCCCCAAAUUCAUUUUCCCGGGAAAGUGAAAAAUAGAAAAGAAAACACCCCACGAAAUGAGCGAGCGGAGAGAUGGCGGAGAUGGCCGCCGCUGGCGGCGACGCGAGGAGCACGACGAUAUGCUCCAUCUGCUUCGAAGAUCUGAAGCCCAUCGUCGAAGACCUCCAGGCCAUCCCCAUCUGCGGCCAUGUCUUCCACGAGCUCUGCUUGCAGCAGUGGUUCGAGUACUGCCCCAGCACGAGGAAGCGGAGCUGCCCCAUCUGCAAGCAGGCUUGCCAGGCGAACAAGGUCUGCCGGCUCUACUUCCAAUCCGUCGGCGACGCGAGCGAUGCCGCCGCUCCUCCUCCUCCUCCGCCGGCGUCGCGCGGACUCGAGGUCGAUCCCGAGGUGUUGCGCGUGGAGGUGAGGAGACUGGAGGCGAAAGCGUCGGGGCUCGUUUCUGCUAUGGAGCAUCAGGCCAAGGAUCUCGCACAGCUCAACGAGGAGCUUUGCCUUUCCAAGGAACUGGCAAAAAGGGAGGCGGCACUGAAGGAUGAUGUCUUAAAACAAAAAGCUUCCAUUCAGCGGUUGCUUCAUUUGAAAUCUGAGGAGCUUGAUAAGACCACUUUGGAAUGCUUAAGGUUGCAAGAAAGAAACAUGGCAUUGGCUAAAGAGCUUGCCGCACUUAAAUUGGUGUCUGACUUGGACUUGGAGGAAGGUGAAGUCCUAAAGCUUGCCAGUCUGGGUAACGAGGGCAACACCAGAGAUACCAUAGACAUCCUUAGAAAGUCCUUAGUCAUACGAAAUCAGAGUUAUAAAGAAUUGAUGGCUAAGUGCAAUGUUCUUGGGAGAGGAGAGGCUCGUUCAACGCGGAAGCUUGAGAAGGCAAAAGAAAAGAUAAGUAAAUUGAAGAUCAGGGUCCAAGAAUUAGAAGCAUCUAUUGAAGCAAAAGAUAAUGAAGUCCUGAGGUCUCUGAAGCAAAAGAGACAUAAAUCUGAUGCUACCAAUCAAAUUGAAGCUACCUGUUAUACAACUUCAGCAGUAGGAAAAUCGUCCCCUGAAGAUCAAUCAGCGCCAGCCCCUGUACCAUUGCCAGACUCUAAUUUAUUUGGUAAAGUUUCAAAGUCAGAUGCUUCUUUGGCAAAAGAAGGUUUCAGAACCGUGAGAAAUGUGGGUGCAAAUAACAAUGGACCGAGUUCCAUUACCUCAAGACAAGUCGACGCAUUCAUUUUUAUCAACGAGGAUGCCUCAGAACUUCCUCAGCCUGGUGCAAACAAUGUCAUCAAUAAAAAUGAAGUAUUUAAAUCAGAGAACUCUUCUUACUUUAAUCAGGAAGUUGUGGCGCCUAAAGCAUCAAAUAUCCCCACUGACAGUGGAUCUCAUAAGGUGGAUAUUGUCACCAUAGAUGAUGAUGUGGCAAUUAUGAAUGACCAUAACCUAGGCCAGCCAGUGCUGAACAUUAGAAAAGAGACUUCCCCGCAGCUUCCGCUUGGCAGGCCAGGAGGAAUAUGUUUUUCCGGUGGAUUGCUUGCUCCAGAUGGAACAACAAGGUAUUUGGGAAAAUGGUGUAAGCGGGGACAGAGUGAGACAUUGAAGGCCGUGCAGAGCUCAAGCAUCAGUAAUGGUGGUCUAAUAGCUGUCGGAUCUGAUGGAAGAGGUGGUAGAAUCAAAGCCCUGAGGUCUUCCAUGCAAACUUCAGUGGAUGGUAAGGAGAUGCCAAUGAAGAGAUGCAAAUCUGAAUCCAAGACAAAUAUCUCUCAAUCGAAACCAUGCUUGCAAAUAGAACACUUCUUUGCAAAGACGAGUCACUAAGUACACUUACUGAUGCAUGGGUACAUUUUGGCGAGGUUCCUGUGGUCGAGCAUGCAAGGUAAAAGCUCGAUUCCUUGGACUGUGCUCUAAAUGGCACUAAGUUGCACGAUUGCGCACUCAUUAAGUGCCACUAUUGUUCGGAAAAAAAGAAGUUGCGAGCAUGGUAAAAACUCGAUUCCGUUUGAAGUGCUCUGAAUGGCAGCAAAGUUGCAUUAUUGUACAGCUGGUGAUCGAAGAAGACUCGUGUUUCAUAAGGAUUUGACAAUAGUGACUCAUUUUUCCUGCAAUCUCAUUUUGUCUCCAUUGAUUCGCGGUUUAUAGCAUGCCAUCAACUGUCCGAAGAACUACACCAAUCUGCCUUGUCGCUUCCCAUGAAAUAGUACAGCGCUUGCAGAUGGGAAGAAUACUUGGAGGCUGUGAAUCCAAAAGUAGAUUUAGAGUUAGCAGUCUUCACAGCCGGAACAAUUUGCUUUGUUGUCAUUAUGGAGGUUUCGUUAGUCUUUGGGAUAUAUUUGA